ACUUUCCAACGAGUUUCUGGUAAGUAUCUAACUACGUUUAACAUAUUUAUAUAAUUCUAUACGUAAAAAUGAAAAUAGCAUUUAUUAGUUUGAACUUUUUUCAACCGUCUUUAAUCGUAUUCUAACAAACUUUACUAGAAGGAAUAUGGAAAGAUAUAGAGAAGAAUAGAAAAAAAUCAAUAUUAUAUAUUAAUAUAUAUACUGUAUAUAUAUAUAUACAGUAUAUCUAAUAUAUUAAAAUUACAUCGUGUAAUUUGAAUCAUUUUUAAUAAUUGCAGAAUAUUUCCUGAUAGUAGAUGAAUUGAUCUAUUAAACAGUAAUAAAAUAGAAGAAAACUAUAAAGCGAGGUAAAGGAAUCUUUGAUUUAUUGUCUUAUAUCCUUAUCUGUUAAAAGAAGAGUGUAUUAAGUAAAUCUUUUUAAGAGCUAAAAAAAGCAUUGAUUAUUAUAAUAGAUAAUGACUUAUAUAGUCCUAUUUUAUAUAGAAAUAUCGAAUAUAUUUAGUAGAAUUUAAUGAAUCAAAAGAGUUGUACGCUGUAAACUAUCUUAUACUCUUUUAAAGAGUUCUAUGUAUAGAUCUAGAGUCUCAUUCUAUCAACCACCCUAAAUAAAUAUUAGGAAAAUAUAUCACUUAUACACAGGUCGGUUGAUAGCUUUAGAGGAUUGGCUCGUUUAAUCUAUUUAAUCUAAAGAAAUGGCUCGUUAUAUUUGUUACGGGGAUAUUGUUCAUCUCUUUUGCGAGGAUAGCAAUGCUCAUAAUUCUCUUCAAACGUUCUAUCAACAAAAGAAGGAAGAUUACAUCGAUAUUAAAGAUAUACCCGAUUCUCAAGCGAUAACGUUCGAAAUAUGUCCUAGAAACCGAUACAAACUAAACAAAAUCUAUAGACAAACCCAGUCGAGCAAGAAAAGAUUGGCUGAUGGUGUUAGCAUUGAGAAAUUAAGAUCGGAUGCCUUAUCAGAGACUAGAGAUAACGAAAAGGAAAAGCAGAGAGCUCAUGGACAGCGUUUGAGAUAUGGGCAGAUAAUACAGUUAAAACAUAUAUUUACCGACAAUUAUGUUCAUAUUAGUACCUCGAAAACAAGUUUAAGGGAUAAAAAUUGUAUGCAAGUAAUGUUAUAUGGUUUUGAUGACAAACAUGCCCAAUUUAAAAUUUUGCCAAGAUUUAAAGUUAAAUCCGAAGGUGAUCUUAUACAAGAUUCUGAUCAAGUUUUAUUGGAGAGUGUUAAAUCUCCUGGUCAAUUUUUACACGCUAGCACAGCUUUUCAAGAUACUUUUAUCAGAUCAAAAAUUUGCGAAAUUAAUCUGGGAGUGAGUAAAACCGGUUUUGUAAUUGGUUUAUUUAAACGACCUUCCGAUAAUAAUUCUUCGGUUAUUACGGGUGGUUCCCUUGUGAGAUUAUUCCAUAAAGAGUUAGAAGCAUACGUCGUUUCCGAUGGAUUGUACAUGAAUCCUAUUCCUGGUUCGAAGCCUGACCAGGUUCAUAUGAGACUAAGGCCAAUCGAUAAUAGCAAACCAAAGACAAUGUUUCCGUCAACAUCGGCUAUAACUUAUUGGCAAGUUGAACACAAGAAUGGCUUACAAUACGGCAGUGAAAUUCUUUGGGAACAUUCAAUAAGAUUCCGUCAUCUACCAACGAAAAUGUACUUGGCUUUGGAUAAUUUAUUUAAUGGAUUGAUUCUAGUUCCAUCUCCAACUCCUUCAACAGUCUUUAUUCUUUAUCCGGUUACUCAGGAAAAGGACGAAGCGGAAUUUGAAAGCUACGCUAGGAUAAAACAUGCUGUUUCUGGGAAGUGGUUACACGCUCUUAAAGAUAAAUUUAUCAAACCCGAAGAUAAACUAGCUGUAGACGAAAUAGGUAAAUUACAAUGGGACGGAGCCGAUCUAAGAAAGUUGGGAGUAGAGCAAGUCAGAAUGGACGAUGACGCAUUCACUCUUCAAAAAGUUUCUGAUUCAUCUAAAAAGGAUUUUAACAUUGCCAGUGGUUUUGCCCCAGUUUUAAUUUCCUUCAUUGAAACGAUUUCUCAGCAUCCACAAACCAAUAUUCCAGUAGCUAUAAUUUAUGAUAUAAAACAGACGCUUAUUCAAAUGAAAAAUUUUAUGAUUGUUAACGCUCUUCCCGAUAAAAAGAGACAAAAAUUAAUGAGAAAUUUACACCUUUUGGAUUUGAUUGUAUACUUUUUCCAAAUGAUUUUUAAACCAACCUUCAUUCAUUUAUAUAGGAUUAAUGAAAAGAAGAUAAAUGAUGUUUUGAGUUCCAUGUUAGAAGUUCUCCUCUACUAUUUAAAGGGCGAUAGUAGAAAGAAUGAAUUGUAUUUCGCUAAAUAUAUAAUGUUCUUUGAAAAUUUGGAAAAUGGACAAAUCGAUAGAAAUAUAAGUAAUAAUGCAUUAGAUAUGAUUGCCGAACUAAUUCGAGAUAAUAGAAAGAUUGUUGAGAGGAUAUCAAAAGAGACGAUUUGCGAAAUUGUUGACAAAGUUCAAGCAACUAAGAAUUAUCGUUAUCUUGAAUAUCUUAAUGUUAUUAGCGUUUGUGAUGGUAUUCCACUUCCGGAAAACCAAUCAUUUAUUGUAGAUCAAUGGCUUCAAAACGAAGAUGGCGUAUUUCUUACAGAACUUGCCACUAAUAUACCAAGUAAGAAGAACGAGAAUAUCGUCUACGUGAAAACUGGUGAAGCUAAAGAUUGGGUGAAAUUAUCCGAUUUUGUUAAGGUAACUCACGAUAGUAAUCAAUACAUGUUUCUUGAGAAACAAUUGGAACUAUUCGGUAAAUUGUGCGAAGGAAGAAAUCAUCACGCUAUUGAAGUUAUAACGAAAUCAAGACGCUUCCUAACUUGGGAGGAGGCUUUCGUUUGUCUUACAGAUCCCGCAAUGCCUGCUGAACUUCGGGCGAAAUACUGCAAUCUUAUUAUUAAGUUAUUUGUCGAUGUUGGCAAUAAUACUUCGGUUGUUGAACAAACAAAACUAACUUUUGUCUACAAUGAAGUUGUCUCCGAUAGUGCUGAUAUUAUGAAGAAAUACCUGGAUAACUUGGAAAGACUAUCGGAUAAUGAAAGACAGAUUAUUCAAUCUCUUCAAGGAUGGAUUGCGAGUUUCCUUAAGGAACAUGGUAGCAUGUCAUUCGACGAUAUUGGUGGCAAUAAUCUCAUUGAACAGGUUUUGGAGCUUGUUAAAUACUUAAUAAAAUUUGGAUUUUACGAUGCUAGCGACAUAAAAAAGUUAAGGGAGGGUUUAAUGGACCUUAUGGAUGGUACAAAUGAUCGUCCACCUAAAUCAGUUGGUAAAGAUAAAGAAGCUAAACUUGCCUAUCAAAAGCAAGAGAGAUAUAAACCUUGCGCUCAAACGAAUGCUAUUGUUCAAGCAAAAUUAGCGGCAAUGGACGUUGUAGACGUUCUUCUAACCUUUCAAUUUAGCAUUCGAUUAGAAAAGUUUAUAGCCUUAUUUAGGCGUCUAAAAAAGCAAAAAUCUAAUAGACUUAGUUCAAUGUUGGAAAGUAAACGAAUUAAUAGAAAAGAUCAGCACCUAAAAGCGGAUAUUUUGGAAGAGAUUGAAAGGAUUAUGGAGAGUACAACUGUAUUUGAUAAGGAAGAUUUUAGAGAUAUAAUGCUUGAUUUAUCCAAGUACGAAUACGAUGAUAUGAUUACAAAAUCUAUGCAUCUGCUAACCAAAUUCUUCACCGCGAAAGCCGAUCUGUUUGAAAAGGCUGUAAAAGCUCAAGUUUUACUUACAGAUGAUUCGAUACAGAUAAAUCAGAUUAUCGAUGGUAUUCUACCCAAAUUAAGAAGGAAUGCCGGAUCAAAGAUGAGUAAUGAACAGGCCGACGAGUCAGUUGCAAUAAUAAAACAAUUAAUCGAUAUGUGCCAUUUAGUCAAUGAUUGUGAAGAACACCACACUAUGAAUCAAAUUAUUUUAGCUAAUAACGGUGUAAUGGAUAUUGUACUUAAAAUAUUACAACAUAACGUUCAAAUGGAGGAGAAUCAUCACGGAGCUUUAAGAGAUGUUUUCCGAUGGGCUCUAAAGUUAUUAAAGGCUAUGAUUAAAGGAAACGAAGAAGGUCAAGCGUUCAUAUUCCAAAGAUUAGAUUUUAUGCUACGUAUCAAAGGUGUCGAAAAGGAACUUGCAGAGGCACUUACUGAAGUUUUUGUUGGAAAUCAAACUACUUGCCUAAAGGUCAACCCACUACAUAUACAAAAGAUAGUUGAUUUGACUGCGAAAUAUCAAGAGAAAGCCGCCGAAUAUUUAGACGCUUUAUCCGCAAUCAUUAAAAUUGAAGAAUUGAAUUUACCUUUGAAAAGAAAUCAAGAUUAUGUUGUCAAGUAUCUUAAUCAAAGAUUUUCAAGAGCCGCUUACGUUUUUGAUAAAUACGAAGAAUCUGAAAGGUUACAAAUUUUAAUGGGAAAGAUGGGCAAACAACAUUUGAGCUAUUUAAUGAGCCUCGUCGACAUUUUAGCCACCUGUUGUGAAGGAGAAAACCGUUUUAUUGAAUCCUUAUGUCAAACCAUCCUACCAUUUAGGGAGUUAAUUUCAGUUGUUACCAACGAACAGGUGGAUACUAACUUAAAAAGACCAUUUGUACGUUAUCUUCUAUGGGCAUAUCUAAAUACUGGCGGUUCCUUCUCGGAAACUGAAUUUGCCUCGGGAGACUACGAUGGAGAAAUAGAAGAAUGGUUCAGAAGCAUUAUAAGUACCAUGACAAGACUUAUUCCAUACGUUUCAUCUAAUAAGAAUUCUACUAAACAAUUACUAAAGAAGGCGCCAUCAACAAGCGCAGUUCUAACAAGGUUAGUUAGAGUAGGUCUAAUUUAUUCAAAAAUAAACCACAAAUCAAUCAAUCAAAUUAAUCAAUCAAAUCAAUCAAGUCAAUGUUAUAAAGAUUAUAGAUUUAUGCUUAAUAAUAAUGACGACGAUGAUGACGACGAUGAUGAUGAUUAUGAUGAUUAUGAUUAUUAUCUUUAA